AUGUUGGAUCUCAGUCUUGGUAUCUUCUCUACCUAUAACGAAGAUCAAGAUCGGAAAGUUCCAUUUUCAACCGCCGGCGGAGAAGAAUCUAAUCUCUCAUCCUCUUCAUCCUCCACAGCUUCUGCCACCGGAGACGCUUUCAUCACCUUUGGAAUCCUCAAACGUGACGAUGACGUCGUUCCUCCUCCUCCUCAUCAACAUCAAGAAACCGGAGAUCUGUUCCCGGUGGCUGAUGCUCGCCGGAAUAUUGAAUUCUCCGUCGAAGACAGCCACUGGUUGAAUCUGUCUUCUUUGCAGCGGAACAAACCGCAAAUGGUAAAGAAGAGCAGAAGAGGACCAAGGUCCCGAAGCUCCCAGUAUCGUGGCGUCACUUUUUACCGUCGCACCGGUCGUUGGGAGUCUCAUAUUUGGGAUUGUGGAAAGCAAGUUUAUUUGGGCGGAUUUGACACUGCCUACGCAGCAGCAAGGGCGUACGACCGAGCUGCUAUCAAAUUCCGUGGUCUUGACGCAGAUAUCAAUUUCGUCGUGGAUGAUUAUAGACAAGACAUCGAUAAGAUGAAGAAUCUAAACAAGGUGGAGUUCGUCCAAACACUUAGGCGAGAGAGUGCGAGUUUUGGAAGAGGAAGUUCCAAAUACAAAGGCUUGACUCUUCAAAAAUGCACUCAAUUCAAAGCUCAUCAUGAUCAGAUUCAUCUCUUCCAAAACAGGGGAUGGGAUGCAGCAGCAGCAAUCAAAUACAAUGAGUUAGGAAAGGGAGAAGGAGCCAUGAAGUUUGGUUCCCACAUUAAAGGAAAUGGUCACAAUGAUCUUGAUCUAAGUCUUGGUAUUUCAUCAUCAUCGGAAAAUAGAAAGUUGACAACGGGCGAUUACUAUAACAAAGGUAUCAACCGAUCCACAAUGGGUUUGUUCGGUACGCAACCACCGAUUUAUUUACCGGUGACGACCAUGAAACCUUUGAAGACAGUUGCAGCAUCAUCAGGAUUCCCUUUUAUCACCAUGACCACUUCCUCUUCCUCCAUGUCCACUUGUUUUGAUCCAUAG